CAGAGGAAACGCCCUGCACAGCACGACUCCUCCCCAUCUACCGCUACCUUUCUACCUACCCAUCUAGCACCCCUCGCUCGCAAAUCGCAAUGGCGCUGGCCACCAACUCCGCCGCAGCAGCCGCGGCCGUGUCCGGUGGCGUGGCAUCGCAGCCGCGCCGCGCGGCCGUGUUCCUCCCGCUGAAGAGGCGUACCAUCUCCGCCAUCCACGCCGCCGACCCGUCCAAGAACAACGGGCCCGCGGUCCCCGCGGCCGCAGGCGCCAACUCCUCCGCCUCGGCGGUGGCCACGCCGGAGAAGAAGCCGGCAGCGCACGGGAAGUGGGCGGUCUACAGCUGGAGGUCGAAGAAGGCGUUGCAGCUCCCCGAGUACCCGAACGCGGAGGAGCUGGACGCGGUGCUGAAGACCAUCGAGACGUUCCCGCCGGUGGUGUUCGCCGGAGAGGCGCGCCGCCUCGAGGAGCGCAUGGCCGAGGCCGCCAUGGGCCGCGCCUUCGUCCUCCAGGGUGGCGACUGCGCCGAGAGUUUCAAGGAGUUCCACGCCAACAACAUCCGUGACACCUUCCGCGUCCUUCUCCAGAUGGGCGUCGUGCUCAUGUUCGGUGGCCAGAUGCCGGUCGUCAAGGUGGGGAGGAUGGCUGGCCAGUUCGCCAAGCCAAGGUCUGAGCCGUUCGAGGAGAAGGACGGAGUUAAGCUGCCGAGCUACAGGGGCGACAACGUCAACGGCGACGACUUCACCGAGAAGAGCCGCGUGCCGGACCCGCAGAGGAUGAUCCGCGCCUACGCACAGUCGGUGGCGACACUCAACCUGCUCCGCGCGUUCGCCACCGGAGGGUACGCUGCCAUGCAGCGCGUCACUCAGUGGAACCUCGAUUUCAUGGAUCACAACGAGCAAGGUGAUAGGUACCGUGAAUUGGCCCAUAGGGUGGAUGAUGCUCUUGGGUUCAUGACUGCAUCGGGGCUUACAGUCGACCACCCGAUAAUGACGACUACUGACUUCUGGACCUCGCACGAGUGCCUUCUCUUACCCUACGAGCAGGCUCUUACCCGUGAGGAUUCCACCAGUGGCCUUUUCUAUGAUUGUUCGGCCCACAUGUUGUGGGUUGGUGAGCGCACUCGACAACUCGAUGGAGCUCAUGUUGAAUUCCUCCGUGGUGUUGCCAACCCUCUGGGCAUAAAGGUGAGCGACAAAAUGAACCCCAGUGAGUUGGUGAAGCUGAUUGAUAUUCUGAACCCUUCAAACAAACCUGGAAGGAUCACCAUAAUUACAAGGAUGGGGGCAGAGAACAUGAGGGUGAAGUUGCCUCAUCUCAUCCGUGCUGUUCGCAAUGCUGGACUGAUUGUCACAUGGAUUACUGAUCCUAUGCAUGGAAACACCAUCAAGGCCCCUUGUGGCCUGAAGACUCGUCCAUUUGACUCCAUUCUGGCUGAAGUGCGUGCCUUCUUCGAUGUGCAUGACCAAGAAGGAAGCCACCCUGGGGGCGUCCACCUUGAAAUGACUGGGCAGAAUGUGACCGAGUGCAUCGGUGGAUCACGGACCGUGACCUUCGACGAUCUGAGCGACCGCUACCACACCCACUGCGACCCAAGGCUGAAUGCCUCCCAGUCCCUGGAGCUCGCCUUUAUCAUCGCAGAGAGGCUGAGGAAGAGGAGGAUGCGAUCGGGGCUCAACAGCAGCCUGCCACUGCCGCCACUGGCUUUCUGAGUAGCCGGAGCCAAACACAAAGGAGGGUAGGAAUAGCUGUGGUGACUCGGAAGAGAAAGAGACAGUCGACGCCUUGUUUUGUUGAUGCUUAGUGUGGUGACCUGGUGGUGGUGGUGGUGGGUGUUCUUGGCACAAGUUACAUGCUGGGGAUAGCUAUAGGAGGUACCUGUUGAGGUGUGUAAGACAGUAGCUAGCAACCGUAUGCCUUGGUUUCCUGUUUGGGUGCGUGACUUGCCGACUUUCUAGCUGCUUCUGGGGUUUUGACCUCGGUAAGGAAAGAAUAAAAAGAUAAUCGGAGUGCAAUGCUUGCUGAACUGGUGCUCAAUAAAUUGAUCCCUUGAUGCCUCUA